AUGGGUAGAGAUUUUCCUAUAAACCUAUCUGGCUAUAUUGUGCUCCCCCUGGAGCUUCCACCUUUGCCCUCCUUACCCCUAACCGCAACUCAUAUCCUCUAUGUACGACCGCACGAGCCAAAAAUACCCGACCCUCAUUCGAACCGGUCGUUGUUCAUUGCGAAUGUCCCCAUUACAUCUACGGAAGUUCACUUCAAGCAUUUAUUUGGUACGCAGCUCUCCGCAGGACGGGUAGAGUCUGUGAGAUUUCAAGAUACAGAAGGUAAACUGCCCGGUCCUGCACCGCAGCCUGUAGCCCAGGUGGGUGGUGGCGGAGAUAAGAAGAAGCGAAAGCGAGAAACGCCAGAGGAGUUAGAAAAGCAGCUCGAGGCUGUUGCCUUUCCACGGCUAUGGGACCGCGAGAUACAGACUCCCGGUUCGCAUGCUGUCGUUGUUUUCGUCGAUAAGCCUAGCAUGGAAGCUAGCUUGAAAGCUGUUAAGAAGGCUGCGAAGUCCAAGUCAAAAAUCGUAUGGGGACAAGGAGUCGAGGAGAAGCUACCGGCGCUGGGUUCAAAACGAUACGAAACCCAUGAGCGUUUAAGGUUUCCUCCAAAAGAAGAGCUGUUACGCUUUGCGAACGAAUAUAUGACUAUCUACGACCGGCUCGACCAGGCUCGAGCCCGCGAAGCUACUUCCGGGACACAGGUAGCGGACGAAGAUGGGUUUAUUAUGGUAGCAACAGGACGGAAAAAUAAUGCUGAGCGAGAGGAGGAAUUAAAAUCGUUGGCGGAGAAGCAGAAGGGUAAGAGUAAGGGACUAGAGGACUUCUAUCGCUUCCAGAUGAGAGAGAAACGGAAAGAGAAGCAGACUGAGCUGCUGAGGAAGUUUGAGGAGGAUAAGAAAAAGGUGGAGGAAAUGAAGAAGAUACGAGGGAAGAUCGCGCCUGAGUGA